UAGAAUCGAUGAUAGGGCCAAAAACUGAAAAUAUAAUGCUGUGAGUGUAAUUUUGGCAAAUGACAUGUGGAAAGCGCACUGAUAAAGAGAAAAUGUGAACAUAUUUUUGCAUCUUUACAAAAUAGUGAGGCCGUGUGCGGUACAGUACAUAAGGGAAGGUGUUGCCUAGUGACGGAAACCAACGAAUGUGAGUCAGUGUGUAUGUGUGUGUGUUUUUUGUGAAGUGAAAUCGAAGCUUUGCCUGAUCAAUUCAAAAAAUUGGAAAAGUUCGAGUGCAGGCUUCUUGAUUGAAAACGGAAAUAAAUUUUCCACUCAACGGUGUGUGUGUGUGUGUGUGUGUGGAAAAAACACAACAACACCCUGGGGACUUCCCAUUCCCGGUAUUAACGUUCAUUUAUGCUACAACAAGUGUAGACUUCUAUCCUUUCACCAUCGCGUGCCACCACCUCGGGCACCACUGCCGUCAAUACUCUGGCGCAAAACACUUGAACUCCUCAGUCGUAGGUGAACUUCUAGAUUGGACAAAGGUUGCUCCACAAUUUAGUAUCAGGCGACGUAGGGAAAUUUCUGGAAUUAUUGUGACGAGAAUUUUGGCAUCCCUUCCCUUCGGUUGAAUUAACGAUAAGCCCAUCAACUUAGACAGAGGGAAAAAUGUCCUCUUCGCCCCGACUAACCGGUUAUACGUUGCGCCCAUCGGAGACAUCGACCACGGUGUCGGUAACGCUCAACAGCUGCGGUACGGGCAUUAAAAAGCUUAGCAUUAACGACAGCGUCAAAUCGGCGGGAAGUGCCAAUUCCGGCGGCGAAUCGACCGAUCCUCUCGAGUCCGAUUUUAGCGGCGAGGAGGAAGAGGAGGAAGAGGAGGAGGAGGAGGAGGCGGAAGAGGAGGAAGAGGAGGAGGAAGAGCGAGAUUUAGAGCAGGACGAGGAGGAUAAGGAGGAGGAAGAGGACGACGACGAGCAGGAGGAGGACAGUGUUCGACAAGAUCCCCGCAAGGUGGAAAGUGUACGAUUGAGGCUAGCGGGUGGUGAGAAAGGAAAAAUUGAUAGCACACAUCGGAAACAGCAGGUUGAGGAGGACGAAGACGAGGAAGACGAGGAGGAAAACUCCGACAGCGAGCAAGCGUUACGUCACAGUCCGCCAAGAAAUAUUCGCAAACAGGCGUCCACCUCUUCCGCCGACGGGGACGAGGACGAUCAGGACGAACUGAGCAGAGCGGUAACAAAACAGCAACACCGUCAAAAUGGUGGUUCCGGCAACCGGCAGCCACCCCGAGGUCCUGCUGUUGACGUUGACGAUGCUGAUGAUAAUCGGUGCGGCGGCGAUAGUGAUGAUGAUGGUGGCGAUCUAUCUGAUAAGAAUAAUAAUAUCGGCGCAGCUGUUCGCCGCAAACAACCGGAGGACUAUGCUUUGGAUGAUUUUCAAAUACUGAAAACGAUAGGAACGGGCACAUUUGGACGCGUCUGCCUCUGUCGGGAUAAGAUCACCAACAAGUACUGGGCUAUGAAGAUACUAGCAAUGGCGGACGUUAUACGAUUGAAGCAAAUCGAGCAUGUGAAAAAUGAGAAAAAUAUCCUACAAGAAAUCGACCACCCUUUCAUUGUGAACAUGCGAUGGAACUCCAAGGAUGACUGCUGUCUGUACAUGCUGUUCGAGUUCGUUAGUGGCGGUGAACUGUUUUCCUAUCUACGGAACGCAGGACGAUUUGAUAGCGGUACAGCAAAUUUUUACGCCUGCGAGAUUGUGCUUGCACUCGAAUAUCUCCACUCGCUGUCGAUCGUAUACCGUGAUCUGAAGCCGGAAAACCUGCUGCUCGAUCGGGAAGGCCAUAUGAAGAUUACCGACUUUGGGUUCGCGAAAAAGCUGAAGGAUCGCACCUGGACGCUGUGCGGUACACCCGAGUACCUUGCGCCGGAAAUCAUUCAGUCCAAGGGCCACAACAAAGCAGUCGACUGGUGGGCACUAGGUGUACUUAUCUACGAGAUGAUCGUUGGGUAUCCUCCAUUUUACGAUGAUAACCCGUUUGGAAUAUAUGAAAAAAUUCUCAGUGGCAAAAUUGAAUGGUCUCGGCAUGUCGACCCGAUCGCGAAGGAUCUUGUCAAGAAGCUGUUAGUACUGGAUCGUACCAAACGGUUGGGCAAUAUGAAGAACGGAGCAGAAGAUGUUAAAAGACACCGGUGGUUUAAGCAUUUGGACUGGAAUGUCGUGAUACGAAAGCAGCUCAAACCGCCAAUCGUUCCAACGUACGUGUUUAACUCGAAGGAGGACGAUACGAGCAACUUCGAUGACUAUCCGGAAACGGAUUGGAAAUCGGUGAGAUCGUUGGACAAGAUCGAGAUGCAACUGUUUGAGGAUUUCUAAGCUAGCCAAUGUACUUCGUUUGUAUUGUACUUAUCCAAACAACAAUGUCAAAGAUGAAGAGAACUCUUUUCUAAUGUCGGUAGUAUAAUAAUCAUAUAUGCCUGCAGGAUUUACUUCUAGAAACAGUCUGUAUAAUGCUCAUUUAGUGUAUUUGACGGUCGCCGACCGUACGUAAGAAAGCACACACACCAACGGGCACGUUGAUAGUCAUUGUACAUAGUUUUAGUAUGUUUAGAUUUGUUUUAGUGGUUAGUUCCUGUUCCUUUGACCCAUGUUUGUAAGAAUGCCACACUGCUGUAUUACUUAAAUUACAAAUAAAUCCCUAUGAUCGUUCCUCUCGUUGCGCAAUGGAAAAAUGAUGCUACAGGAGUAUAACUUUCCUACCGGCCAAAAACCUACCAGGGUCCUUAUAGUCUGAAUGUGUGGAAUAACGCGCUAAAAAGAUGGGAAUAGUGUUUAUUUUUUUCCUCAUUUGUAGACUAUGGUUAUGCAGUGUUGUAACCUUAAGUUUUAAUCCAACAUAUGUACUGUGAUAGGAAAAUAAAAAAAACACGCUGUAGUGUGGAGCCCCGCUACAAUUUACACCGACGACCGAAGACCACGACGGUUGGUCGUUAAAUGCGUUAAUAAAAUGUUGUUGGAAAAUGAUUUGCAAAACAGCUUCUGCUAUAAAUCGUUGAAAUACUCGAUGAUACUUAGGAUGUUAGUAACGGUGUGUGAGUGUGUAUCUAUUGCAAUAGCCAAAUAUAGUCAUCGUUAAGCGUUUGUGCUGAUGUGUCAAUGAUCAACCCGCUGAUGUAACUGAUAUAGAACAAAGGAGUAACAUCACACUUUCAAACUUUAGUCACCUCUAUGUAAUUGAUCGUUUUAAUUAGCGUAUCUGUAAUUUUCACUAUCGCUCACAUUCAGAACACGACCGAGAACUGUAUUGAACAUCACAUAUAUAACAUACACUAUCACUGGAGCGUUGCUUGCUGAAAUAAAGUUAUUUAAUAUAUAAA